CCCUUCAGCAGAGAAGAGCAGCGUGCCAGCUUCUCCAUCAUUUCGCAUCGCCGCCCCGUCUCCUCCAAAUCUCCGCCAUUCUCCCUUCUUCCCUCGAUCCCACCCCUCCGGCUCCUCCUCCUCCUACUCCUACCCGAAGACCUCUCUCGUCGACCGGAGGCGCGGCUGCGGAGCAGAACGAGCCGCGGGUCGUCGCAUUUGACUCGGAAAUCACCGGUCUCCACAGGUCAAUGCCAAUUCCGGAGUAAAGAUUACUAGCUUUCCAUUGAUCCAUCCCCCGUCCAUCCCCAUGAGUGGAUUCGGCGGAAACUGCAGGGUGGGGGCCGUGCUCUUCUUCUCCGCCUGGAUCACGCUCGCGGCGCUCAACAGGCUUUUGCGGCCGGCGCCGAACGGAUGCCAGAUGACCUACAUGUACCCGACCUACAUCCCCAUCCCCACGCCCAAGAACGUCUCCUCGGACAGGUACGGGCUGUUCCUGUACCACGAGGGGUGGAAGCAAAUCGACUUCGACGAGCACGUCAGCAAGCUCGAUGGCAUACCUGUGCUGUUCAUCCCCGGUAACGCCGGAAGCUACAAGCAGGUUCGCUCACUGGCUGCAGAAUCUUUUCGAGCAUAUCAAAAUGGUCCACUUGAACACACUUUUUAUCGGGAAGUAUCUAGUACAUCAUCGCUAAAUGAACUGGAAGAUUUUUCUCUUCCAUCACAAUAUGGCCGUAUGCUGGAUUGGUUUGCUGUUGAUCUUGAAGGAGAACACUCUGCAAUGGAUGGUCGCAUACUUGAGGAGCAUACUGAAUACGUCGUCUAUGCCAUCCACAGGAUCCUUGAUCAAUACAAGGAAUCUCAUGUAACGCGAUCAAAUGAUGGUGUCCGAUCUACCGGUAACUUGCCAUCCAGUGUUAUACUAGUUGGACAUUCGAUGGGUGGUUUUGUGGCUCGAUCAGCUGUUGUCCACCCAGGCUUAAGGAAAUCAGCUGUGGAAACCAUACUGACGCUCUCCAGUCCACACCAGUACCCUCCCAUUGCACUACAGCCGUCCCUGGGUCAGUUUUUCUCUCGUGUCAACGAAGAAUGGAGAAAUGGAUACAAUAAAGGAGUAUCACGUACAAGCAGUCCAAAACUCUCAAAUGUCGUAGUUGUCUCUGUAUCAGGUGGCAUCCAUGAUUAUCAGGUUAGGUCAAGGUUGGCCUCAUUGGAUGGCAUUGUACCUUCUACUCAUGGUUUUAUGGUAGGGAGCUCCAGCAUGAAGAAUGUUUGGCUAUCCAUGGAACAUCAGUCUAUCCUCUGGUGUAAUCAAUUAGCUGUACAGGUUGCGCACACUCUACUUAGCAUGAUAGAUCCUGUGGAUCGGCAGCCAUUUUCGAGUUCACAAAAAAGAAUUUUCAUGCUUGCAAACAUGCUUCAGAGUGCAGCUCCUCAGUCUUUGAGUUGGAUGGAUCGUGUUACAGGUUCUCAGUCUUCAAAAUUUCUUGGGAGUGAUACAAGGGUUGCUAAUGAAUUGCAGCGAAACAAUUCAAUUUCUUGCCCGGCAUCUGUUCAAUGGACAAGCGACGGCCUUGAAAAGGACCUGCAUAUUCAGUCAAACUUGGUUACUGUUUUAGCUAUGGAUGGCAGAAGAAGAUGGUUAGAUAUUCAAAAGCUGGGAUUAAAUGGAAGAGGCCACUUUGUUUUUGUGACCAAUCUUGCUCCAUGUUCGGGAGUCAGGAUUCACUUGUGGCCAGAAAAGCAUCGUUCAUCCAUUCAAAAUGAAGUACCUGCCAGUAAAAAGAUAGUUGAAGUUACCUCAAAGAUGGUCGAAAUCCCAGCAGGCCCUGCACCAAAACAGGUAGAACCUGGGAGCCAAACUGAACAACCACCUCCUUCUGCAUUUCUUCUGCUAAGCCCAGAAGAAAUGAGUGGUUUCCGUUUCAUGACUGUAUCGGUGGCAUCACGACCGACGAUUUCAGGCAGACCUCCCCCAGCAGCUUCUAUGGCAGUGGGACAGUUCUUCAAUCCAGCGGAAGGAACACGUGCACUUUCUGUUGGCAGAAUUGCUCGUUCCAGCUAUGAUCCUGAAGAAAUAUUUUUGAAGGAGGAUCACCCACUGGCUUUAACCUUGUCAUUUUCUGUCAGCCUUGGUCUUCUACCAGUUUUAUUUUCACUAAGAACUGCUGGAUGUGGAAUAAAAAAUAUUGGUGACCAAAUGGAAGCUGAUAAAAAUAACCUUUGUAAGUUACGGUGCUUCCCACCUGUUGCACUGGCUUGGGAUUCUGUAUCGGGCCUACACAUUAUCCCAAAUAUCUACUCCGAGACUGUAGUGGUUGAUUCGUCACCGGCUAUUUGGGAUACACAUCAUGAGGCUGAGAGAACUACUGUGCUAGUUCUGGCUGACCCGCACUGCUCAUACAAAGUCAGUCUUCGUGCUUCACUUGGUGCUGCAACAAGCAGAUUCUUUUUAUUGUACUCAUCCGAGAUUCUUGGUUUCAUGGUUGCCGUAAUACUUUUUGGCUUGAUGCGGCAAUCAUCAGCUUGGGAACGUGACUCUUCUGUGCCAUCUAUUUUAUCAGCUAUAGAGACUAAUCUGAAACUGCCAAGCCCAUUGAUGUUCCUGUGCUUCACACCAAUACUUCUGUUCCUUGCCUUCCUAUUCUUCACAACAAAGCAGAACCCUCGAUUUGGAACCUUCUUGUUUGUUACCAUCAUCUGCUAUAUAGUUGCUAAUGGUUUCACCAUUUUGUUGAUACUAAGUUCGAAAUUGAUUGUUUAUGUGGCUGCCCUUCUACAUGUCUUCAUCAAGAGACGCUGGCAAUCAUGGGAGGACAGUACUCAAUCCCCGUUUAUUCGCCAGUUCCUCGCUCUGUCAUUCUCAUUUCAAACUCUCAAGAUUGUGCAGAUGAUCAAGAACAAUCCAAGUAUAGUUGUAGCAUUUGCUACAAUUCCUCUUGUCUGCUUUGUUCACCCAGCACUUGGUCUUGGUGUAUUACUUCUUUCACAUUCGUUCCAUGCUCACUCAGCCCUCUGCAGCAGUUUCUUAGCAGCGUCGUUUCGGAAUAUCGCUCACAACAAGGAUCAGCACAAGUCCAAGAUGGUUAAUAAUCCUAUUCUACUAUCCAAAAGUAAACAAGAUGUGAUGGAGCAAAUUCUGCCAAUGGAUGAUAGUCCAACAGCUGCCAAAAGCUUCACUGACAGCCAGCUAGAAGUGUUUGACUGUCGGCAUGGGAUCAUGAUCCUGCAUCUUCUAGCUAUGCUCAUGUUUGCUCCUUCGCUUAUUGCUUGGAUACAGAGAAUCGGAAUGGGUCAGAAUUUUCCCUGGUUUGUGGAUUCCACACUUUGUGUUGGUGUUAUUCUGCAUGGACUUUUCGGAUCACAACCAACUGCCACCUGUAUAUCAUUCAAGUUUCCUGGAAGGAGAGGGCACGAAGUUGGAUUGAGCUUCCUCUACCUUCUAGGUGGCUAUUAUUCUUUUGUUAGCUCCAUGGCAUUGGCGCCGUACAGAGCGCUGUAUGCAAUAGCGAUCAUUGGCUUUAUCUGUUGCAUGUCCAGAAUUCUUGAGAUUAGAGGCAAGGUGAGAGGUGAUAUUAGCAGUAGAAAAAGGCAUUGGCAUAGACACUAGCUUGGAAAGGAGCGAUUUCGCAUCCUGCGGUAAAUUAGUGGUAACAGCAGGUCUCUUUGCUUAUGAUUGCAAAAAUGCAAAGGGUCCCUAAAUUUUGAAGUGAAUCAGAUUUUGAUGGUCAGACAUGGGUGUAGAGUUCUGGAUAUGCGAUUGGAGUGGAUGAAUCGGCAGCAACUGUACUGUACAUUGUGGAAUAGCAUGAUAUAAUGAUUUUGUGGAGUCACUGUAUGUGAUCAUAGGCUCUGGAGCAUUGCUGUUGUCUCCUCUUGCAGCAAAGAUCAAUAAUAGAACCUAAUUUGAUGCCAGACUAACUUGGGACAAGUUAUAUAUCCAGCAUUGCUGGAUACCAGGCUCCAUUUCUGUUGAGUUCACAAAACUGGCAACUGGUAACCGACCGGAUUACCUUUUGCCGCUUUCAUAUCAUUGAUAGUUCUUUC